GUGGCUUUUCCCCUGCACGAUUCGGAGGCUUGCGAGACCGACGAGAGAAAUUUGCUGAUCGAGCAGCAGGCUGAAUUUAAGAGAGGUUGGAUCGCGAAUCAGGCCGAGAUCGCCAGAGCUAAGAUCUCCCUUCCUCUCGUGCGUCUCCAGCUGUGAAUCAGCACCAAUCACAAUCAUUCUCGAGUCAUUCGCAACGUCGCGCGCGGGACGAUUUGUCUGCUAGGACGUUCGAACUGUCCGGCAAAACAGCGUCAAGCUGUGCCUAACAAGCCACUCUGCUGCCUUAAUUGAGAUCUUUGCGGCCAGCCACCGAUUUUGCAGCUGGGGCGCAAGCUUCACACCUCUGCGCGCCAACACAUUCUCACCUUCACUCGAUCUUUCGUCUUCUGCGCACUCUGUUGGCCGCUCUCACUAGAUACGAACCACACUUUGCGACUCUGCCAGCAUGACAACUCACAACCCAUCCUCCUCCAGCUCCUCGGCCUAUCCAACUACGCUUGUACUCCACACGCACGACGCAAGUCGACCGCUCAAGCCAUCCUCCUACGGCGCUCUAUCUCACGCUCUCCACGAGACAUUGCAUUUUGCACUGGACGGCGACAUAGAAGACUGGGCUUUGGACACAAGACCCA